AUGCCUCGUGUAAUUGUCAAUCUUGAUUCGUACAAAGAAGAGAUUCUUCAUCUUCUCUCAAAUCAAAAAUCAUUUGCAGAUAUACGCAGAUAUCUGCAUACCACGUACGAACUCACUGUCGGUAAUAAUACGCUGAAACGACGUUUGAAAGCCUGGAAUAUUGUCGUACGAACUUCAACAGUUGAUAAUUCUGAUCUUCGAAAUCGAAUUUCUACUCUGUUCUUUUGUGGAUUGACAGAUCCUCAAAUUCUUCGUACACUUGAAUUGGAAGAAUAUUCAAUUGGAUUGAGUGGUCUUGUACGGAUACGGAGAGAUAUAGGACUCAAAAGACGUCUUCGUACGGAGGAAGAACGAGAAGAAUCAGCUGAAUUGGCUCUUGAAAAGUUGACUGAUGAGUUGCAAAAGGGAGUCAUUGAAGGAUACGGUCGUGGACUUUUGUAUGCUCACUUUCAACAACUUGAAGUUCACAUUGCUCGAGAUCGAUUAUUCACUAUCUAUCGUACGCUGGUUCCUGAUGCUAUUGAGCGGCGUACGCGAGAUAUGCAAAGACAUCGAGGAGAAUACAUUGUACCAGGACCCAAUCAUGUUUGGUCUCUUGAUGGUUAUCUCAAGCUUGCUCCGUACGGAGUUGAAGUAUAUGCAGCUAUCGAUGCUUACUCACGUUACAUCAUUUGGAUUUAUGUUGGCAUCUCUGCUCGUACGGCAGUCAGUGUACUUCGUCAAUAUCUGGAUACUGUUGAGCUUCUUGGACAGCAUCCAUACUUCGUACGAUCUGAUCAUGGUGGCGAGACUGUCUUGUUGGCUUCUGCACAUCAUCAACUACAACGUGCGACAGAAUCAGAUCUUCAAUUUCAAGAUUGUUAUCUGUACGGAACCAGUACAACAAAUCAACGAAUUGAAUCUUGGUGGAAUCAGUUGACAAAAGGUCUUCUCUUUCGAUGGAGGAACUACUUUGGGGUAUUGCAAAAUGAAGGACUAUUCAAAUCAAAUGUUCUUGCUGAUCAGAUUGCUCUUCUUGCUGUCUACAUUCCUCUUCUUCGUACCGAGAUGCAGAGCUUCGUACGAACUUGGAAUACACAUCGAAUUCGAAAACAACCUAAUCGUCCGAAUGCUGUUGCUGGCAAGCCGUACGUUCUUUAUCAUCAUCCACCAGAGGAUAUAAAGAACUAUGGUAUUCGUGUACAUGCUCAAACACUGGAGACAUUACAGAAGGAUGUACAAGAUUGGGGUGAGUUAUUUUAUCUUCCGUACGAAGAGAUCUUGAACUAA